AUGCCUAAUACAAUCGGACGUAUUGAUGGUUGCCACAUACGCAUACAUGCACCAAGAGACAAGAGAUCUAAAAUGUUCCAAUCAAUUGUUCUAUUUGCUGUAUGUAAUGCUAAGUUGGAAUUUACCUAUAUUUUCAGGUUUGCAUUAGUUUGGUGGUUCUAUAAUACUUUUCGCACUGUGUGCAUUUCAUUUUUGUAUUAUUAUGUUCGUGUAAAGUUUUUUGGUGGUAUACUAAAUCACUUUUGUAGAAAAAAGAUUUUUGACACAUCGUACACUUGUGUUGUUGUUUGUUUUCACUAUGGAUGGUCAUGUGAUGGAUAA